CCCAUACAUCCCCGCUCUGGCUCUGUUGAUCCUAUUGUCUCCUGCGUCACCACACGUCGCCCGGCAAAUAAAGGCCGUCUGGCUCCAAGCUUAAAUAUUGCAGCAAACUAAAAACCAACCAUCAGAGCCGAUUCAUUCACAUCUGCUCAGUGGGGCGACAAGGACGGGGCUUUAGGUGGGAAAGAGGGCAGAAAAAAGUUCACUUUUCCCUGCCGGGUGCCAAGAGAACGGGACAGGACUCAACUUGUGCCGGAGCCGCAGCUGUGUGCUACGGACCGAUCAUGGGUGACUGGAGCUUUCUGGGUAAUAUUUUAGAGGAAGUUAACGAGCACUCUACGGUGAUCGGCCGGGUGUGGCUCACGGUGCUUUUCAUCUUCCGUAUCCUCAUCCUGGGCACGGCGGCGGAGUUUGUGUGGGGCGAUGAGCAGUCUGACUAUGUCUGCAACACUCAGCAGCCUGGGUGUGAGAAUGUGUGCUACGACGAGGCCUUCCCCAUCUCCCACAUCCGCCUGUGGGUGCUGCAGAUCAUCUUUGUUUCCACACCGUCUCUGGUAUAUGUGGGUCACGCUGUGCACCAUGUCCACAUGGAGGAAAAACGAAAAGAGCGUGAGGAGGCAGAACUUAGCCGACAGCAGGAGCUGAGUGAGGAGCGUCUCCCUCUGGCCCCCGACCAGGGUAGUGUCCGCACCACGAAGGAGACCAGCACCAAGGGAAGCAAGAAGUUCAGGCUGGAGGGCACCCUGCUGAGGACCUACAUCUGCCACAUCAUCUUCAAGACACUGUUUGAGGUGGGCUUCGUGGUGGGCCAGUACUUCCUGUACGGCUUCCGCAUCCUGCCGCUGUACAAGUGCAGCCGCUGGCCCUGCCCCAACACGGUGGACUGCUUCGUGUCUCGCCCAACGGAGAAGACCGUCUUCAUCAUCUUCAUGUUGGCUGUGGCCUGCGUCUCACUCUUUCUCAACUUUGUGGAGAUCAGUCACCUGGGCCUGAAGAAGAUUCGCUUUGUCUUUCGCAAGCCGGCCCCGGCCCCUGCCCAAGGCGAGGGAUCGGUCCCACUGCCACUACAAGGAAAGAGCCUGCCCCCCCUGGCUGUGCCUUCCCUGCAGAGGGCAAAAGGUUACAGGCUGCUGGAGGAGGAGAAAGCUCCCAUUUCUCACCUCUACCCGCUGGCUGAAGUGGGAAUGGAGGCUGGCAGAGGGGCCCCACCCUUCUCGGCGCUAGAGGAGAAGGCGGAGGAGGUGGUGCCCAUGGGGGACCUCUCUAAGGUGUAUGAUGAGACUCUGCCUUCCUACGCCCAGACCACUGAGACAGCGGGGGUGAUAUUACACGAGGAAGAGGUCGAGGAGGUGAAGUCGGCAGAGGUGGAGGCCGAGAGAGAGGAGAAGGUUGUGGAUGAGGAUGUGGAGGUAGAGGAGGCGGCGAACGGUGAGGGGGUAACUCCAGCUGAGGCCGGGAUGGAGGCAACGGAUACGAUAGAAGACACCAGACCGCUGAGCCGACUGAGCAAAGCCAGCAGCAGGGCCAGGCGUCCGAGCGAUAAAGAUCAUGCAGCAUCAGCACAAAGUAUUGUUGGAGGCCAGACAAUAAAAGAAACCACGCUCAUCAAUGAAAACAAGCAUCCUUGACCCGGCUGUGAAAAAAUCUUUCUACUUGAUUUUGGAUGAACAUAGCAGGUCUUUACCCCAUAACAAAAUAACAAUACUGAUGACAUACUUUCUAAUUAAAAGAAUAACAAAUAACUUGGGGCAACUCCCUCUGUACAUAACGCCCCAUUCCAUGUCUGAUAUUGUACAUAACAACAACAGUUUUCAGUUUUGUCUAUGUUUAGAGGAAUCACACAAGUUAAAACUGUGAUUACAAUAUUUAUUUAAUCUUACAACCCUUAGAAAAUCCACCCCCCAAGAAAUCCACCCUUUCGUAUCAUGCAUUUAUCUGAGUAAACAUUCAUUUCUUUUCAAAAUCAUUGGCUAGUGCUUUAAAUCAAAAGGGGUUAAAGCUUUAAAAGCAUGCCUUAAGUUUAUCACCAAUUUUCGCUCACAUUCUCUGGCUUUGUUUAUUCAAACAGCGGCCACUGUAUAAUUUACUGUGCCUUAUCUGUAACUGUAAAUUCUCUCAUGUUGUUUGUAGCAAGUGCUUAUUUUGCUCCGGGACCGACGUGAAUUUGAUGUUUUAUUUGCUUUUUUUAUUUUCUAUUUGAGUUCAAUUUUGUAUAAACCCCCUCAGCACACACAUGAAAACAUGACUUUAAUAUACAGUACUGUUGGUUUGAAAAAAAGUUGGCUAUUUAAAGAAUAACAUGAAAAUUUUAUGAUGUUAAGAGCAUUUUAAGGCAAAAAGUUGCAUGUUAGCGGACACAAACACAUUCACACAGGGCAGUCUUAUGCACAUUCCUUUGUGUGCACAGACACACACACACACACACACACACACACACACACACACACACACACACACACACACACACACACACACACACACACACACACACACACACACACACACACACACACACAGACACUGUGUUGGUUUUGGGGGUAUGAUCAAAUGGCUCUAAAGAAACUCAGAGAGAAGGCAGCUUUGACCCCAUUGUGACCCCCAACCAUCGUUUUGCUUGCCUCCCACGAUCCAAUGCUGUGAAAUGAAAAAGAGCCUUCGAACAAUCACCAAAUUGUUGUUUAACCAUUUAAACAUUUAACAGUUAGAGCAUCAUGCUGGUCCUUGUGUACGAUCGAUAUGACUGGUAAUGUUUUUUUUGUAUUUUAAGACUGUUGCAUUGCCUGUAUGUUUGUAAGAAGACAUGAUUAAUCUUUGAAAAGAACAAAAAAAACUUUUUACUAACUUGUAGUCUUCUUUGCUGAUAGAUGUGUGGCAGUAUCUUUUUUUGGAAUGUGAACCAACGCAAUAAAAAGUCACACGUGGUCAAGAA